AUGCAGUCAGCAACGUCUCUAUCUUCAAUUGCAUCGAUAACAUCCCAUAAUUCGUCAAUUUAUGGUUCACAAACAAUUCUUGAAGUUGAAGAUUUACCUUCGGCUGCACCUCGUUGUCGAUCUUCAAUCAUAUGUUCUGAUGGCACUAAUCAAUCUCCAUCAGUUCGAACGAAAUCAAAAUGUCGUCAUCUAUUUCGAACAUGUUUAUCGUCGAGUUCAUACCCUCUUUCGUCAUUAAUUCAAAAGAAAUUAUCGGAUCACACAUUUCGAAAACAAUAUUUCGCUAAGCUAUGUCGUAACCAUCGAUUACUUCUUAUACUCAAUGAUUAUCAAUGCAAAUGUGGUUGUCAUUUUUCAAUGAAACAAGGCAGUUUUGUUGUGUUGUAUGAAACAAAAAUGGAAUCAUCAUCAUCAUGGAAUAGAACAGGAUUUAUUACUGUUAUAUCAAAUCAGCUCAUAUGUUCAAAAAUACCGUCUCAUUUUGUAUGUGAUAUCAAUGUAUUACGCGAACGUGUUCGUUCAAGACCUUCUCGUAGUAAUGAACUAAGUUUCGACUUGUAA